AUGACUCACUUACAAUCCGGCUUGUCCCCAGAAACACUGGAGAAAGCCAAGGUGGAGUUAAAGGAGAACCCUGACACUGCACAUCAGGACAUUCAGGAGGUGAGGGACAUGAUUAUCACGCGCCCAGACAUUGGCUUUCUUAGGACCGACGAUGCUUUCAUCCUACGCUUUCUCAGAGCUCGGAAAUUUAACCAUUUCGAGGCGUUCCGCCUCUUGGCCCAGUAUUUUGAGUAUCGUCAGCAAAAUCUGGAUAUGUUCAAAAACCUCAAAGCAACCGAUCCGGGCAUCAAGCAAGCUCUCAAAGACGGAUUUCCGGGGGUGUUGACCAACUUGGACAGAUAUGGCAGGAAAAUACUGAUUCUCUUCGCUGCUAACUGGGACCAGAGCAGGUAUACAUUUGUGGACAUACUGCGAGCUAUUCUGUUGUCGCUGGAGUCCAUGAUCGAAGAUCCAGAGUUACAGGUGAAUGGAUUUGUCCUGAUCAUCGACUGGAGCAACUUCACAUUCAAGCAAGCCUCCAAACUAACACCGAGUAUGCUGAGACUGGCCAUAGAAGGUCUACAGGACAGCUUCCCUGCCAGGUUCGGAGGAAUCCAUUUUGUGAACCAGCCUUGGUACAUCCACGCCCUUUACACCGUCAUACGCCCCUUUCUGAAGGACAAGACGCGGAAACGGAUCUUCAUGCAUGGGAACAACUUGAACAGCCUUCACCAGCUCAUGCACCCUGAGAUCCUGCCCUCUGAGCUGGGUGGGAUGAUGCCCCCCUACGACAUGGGCACCUGGGCCCGCACCCUUCUGGACCACGCCUAUGACGAGGAGACCGAGUAUUGCCCCGAGUCCUACAACCUGUCUGUCAAAGACCUGGAGAAAGACCUGUCUCCCAAAGCCAUGAAGAGGUCCCAGUCGGUGGUGGAGCCCGGAGUGCUUAAACGGCCAGAAAAAGUGAAGAGCGAGGAGGAGAACAUGCAGCCGCUGCUCUCGCUGGACUAA